AUGGGGGAGGCGGUGGAGUCUCCAGGAGACCCGGGGGCAGCAUCGCCCGGGCCCCGUUUGCAGGCCAUCUCACAAGACAUCCCCGUGGAAGGAGAAAUCAGCAUUCCUCGAGGUCUCGCAGUCAGGAGUUUGACAGCUCUACGGAACACCAUCACGUGUGAUCUAAAAGCUGUUGGCCAAAAGUUCACACACGUUUUGUACCCAAGAAAAAGUAAUAUUUUGAGAGAUUGGGAUUUAUGGGGCCCUUUGAUCCUUUGUGUGACAUUAAUGCUUCAGAGAGGCUCUGCUGACAGCGAAAAAGGCAGAGGGCCCCGGUUGGCAGAAAUGUUGGUCAUCAUUUGGUUUGGGGCAGUUACCAUCACCCUCAACUCGAAACUUCCCGGAGGAAAGUCCUUUUUUCAGAGCCUCUGCACGCUGAGUCACUGCAUACUUCCCUUCACAGGGGCCGGCAGUGCUGGUGGCCGGCUGGUGCUUUUGGCUGAGCUAGGACCAAUAAACCGCAUAGCCCGGCUUUUGGUGGUGAUCGUGAUGUUCGCCUGGUCUCUAGUAGCUUCCGCAGCUGUCCUCGCCGACAGCCAGCCUCCAGCCCGCAAAGCCCUCGCCUCCUGCCCCGCGUUCUUGUUCUAUUUCGUCAUCAAUUGGACGAUUCUCACCUUCACGCAUCAGUAA